AUGAAAGACGAAUCAAGCAAGAAAGGCAAAUUUGAAAUACCAUUGUUUGAUUUAUCAACCAUAGCAAAGGCAACCAAUAACUUUUCAAUAGACAGAAAGAUUGGAGAAGGGGGCUUUGGACCUGUUUACAAGGGCAUACUUGAAGGACAGGAAAUAGCUGUCAAGCGGUUGUCUAGAACUUCCACACAAGGAGAAAAUGAGUUCAAGAACGAAGUUAUAUAUAUUGCUAAACUUCAGCAUAGGAAUCUGGUGAAGAUUCUUGGCUGCUGCAUUGAAGAUGAAGAAAAAAUAUUGAUCUAUGAGUACUUGCAUAACGGGAGUCUUGAUUCAUUCAUAUUUGAUGACACACAAAGCAAGGUACUAGACUGGCCUAAGCGAUUUCACAUUAUCAACAGUAUAGCUCAGGGAGUUAUGUAUCUGCAUCAAGAUUCACAAUUGAGAAUAAUUCACAGAGACCUGAAAGCUAACAACAUUCUGCUAGACAGGGACAUGAACCCAAAGAUAUCAGACUUCGGCUUGGCAAAGAUAUGUGAAGAGGAUGACAUUGGAGCCCAGACAAACCGAGUUAUUGGAACAUACGGGUACCUCUCACCAGAAUAUGCAUUGCAUGGGCUAUACUCAGUAAAAUCGGAUGUAUUUAGUUUUGGUAUCUUAGUACUUGAACAAUGUCCUGAAGAUCGUCCAAGUAUGUCGUCUGUUGUUGUCAUGCUAAACAAUGAAGGUGUAUUACCACAGGCAAAACAGCCAGGUUUUUACAUAGAAAGAAAUUCGAAUGAAGAGGAAUUCUCUUUAAACCAAAAUGCAAAUGUUACAGUGAGUGACAACCCAAUCACAAUAUUAGAUCCCAGGUAGUGAACAAUUAGUUCACUUGUUUGCAACACACUUUGUAGCAGUACC